AUGCGAGUUUUCCCUCGUUCGACUCCUCGUGUUGCCUGUUUGCAUUACGUAUAUGAUUUUCUGGGUCAUUUACCGGAACGAUCCGGAGUCAUUACUGUCCUGUUCUCCGCGUUUGUGUUCUACGACAUCUUUUUCGUAUUCAUCUCACGCAUGUUCUUCGCGCCACAUUCGGCUGAUCCAGCCCCGGUGACCGAGACCACAGUAGUCCGUACAGCUCGUUCUGCUCAGAAUCAAGGUUUCAUGGAGGCCGUGGCAUUGGGUACGGCCGGUCGCAGUGGCGAAUCGAUCCCUGCCACAUUUCGAUGGCGUCUGCGUCACACCGUGGGUCAGUACGGUUGUAGCUAUCGCGACGACAGCAUGUUGCUCGGAUUCGGCGAUGCUGUCAUCCCCGGUCUACGGGGUUCGAUCACUCAACGCUUGACUUAG